UUGCCAGUCAUUCACCACUCUUCCUUUACUACAACCACUAGCGUCUCUGCAACCCAAUCGUUCUGCAUAAUGCAUAGGGAGAUAAACCGAAUACCAGUGGUUGGGCUCUGAAUUAUGUAUCCCAACCGUAACUACAGCACCGUACCGGAGAACUUGUAGCUUCGUGAUCAGCGGAGAAAAUGUCACACUAUCAUUUCAUCAAAUGCUGUUGUUUUCAGCUAUGUAAUGUGUUCAGGCAGAACAUGGAGAUAGACCAGUGUCUGCUUGAGUCUCUGCCAUUGGGCCAGCGCCAGAGGCUGGUCAGACGCAUGCGCUGUGAGCAAGUGCGGGUCUACUAUGAGCGGGAACAAUCGUUACAGAAGCAGAGCUUAUCCAAGCCUCGGUCCACUCUCCGCAAAAAACAAAGAAUCAGAUUUUCACUCUCAGAUGUCAUCCAGGACGCAAUCAUACGGCACGAUGACAAAGAGGUGCUGAAGCUGUUGAAGGAGGGAGCUGACCUGAACACAGUAAUUACCUCAGGAGGAUCUCUGCUCCAUCUGUGUGCCCGUCAUGACAAUGUGUUCGCAGCAGAGGUACUGAUAGAGAAAGGACUGAAUGUCAACCAGCAAGAUGAGGACCUCUGGACGGCCCUGCAUGUGGCCUGUGCCUGCGAUCAUGCCGAUAUGGUGCUACUGCUGCUGCUGGCUGGGGUAAAUGUGCUGCUCCAGGAUGUCAACGGGAACAUUCCACUUGACUAUGCCACAGAGGGGACGGAAACUAGCUACAUCCUCAUCAGACACCUGGAGGAGAAUGGUGUGGACAUGAGCUCUAUGCAUCAGAUGAAGACGCAGCGUUCAUCCACCAUGCUGUCUGACAUGAGGCUGCUGCUCAGUAGUGGUGGCAGUGUCAACCAAAGGAAUGAUGAUGGGGUCACGUUGCUCCACAUUGCCUGUGCCAGUGGUUAUAAGGAUGUGGUGUCUAUGUUGCUGGAGAACGGGGCAGAUGUCCAGGUCUCUGACAACAGCUACUGGACACCCUUACACCUUGCUGCCAAAUAUGGGCAGACCCACAUUGUGCGCCAGCUGUUGAAGCACAAAGCAGAUCCAACUCUUCUGAAUUGCAACCAGGACAAACCCUUAGACAUUGCUGGCACUGAGCAGAUUGCAGAGAUGCUUCUGAGAGCAGAGGAAUUCUGGGUACUGAGACAGACAGAUCUCUCCGCCCCACCUCCCCAAUCAGAUGAGCACUGCAUGGACAACCAGGACAGCAACCUCCCUGUCAGAAAACUGGCCACAAUGGCUAUACCAAUUUCCAGGAGGGACAGUCUGCUAGAGAAGGAGGCUAUGUUCAGGGACUCAGGAGGAGCAUUGACCAGGCAACCAUCACUUGAUAAUGGUUUGGAUGGAGUGUUCCCCAGCGCUGCUGGAAAACUUGAGCAGGUAAAACUUAUGCCUCCUGCCCCUAAUGAUGACCUGGCAUCCCUCAGUGAGCUCACCGACAGCAGUCUGCUCUACGAGAUGCAGAAGCGCUUCGCCAAUAACCAAAUAUAUACCUACAUUGGACACAUUCUUCUUCUCAUUAACCCAUACAAGGACCUGCCUGUCUACUCUAAUCUCGUGAGUCAGUUGUAUCUGAGCUCAAGUGGUCGUCUCUGUUCGUCUCUCCCGCCUCACAUCUUCUCUUCAGCUGAGCGUGCUUAUCACAUGAUGCUGCAGGAGCGACGGCCGCAGUGUUUCAUCAUCAGUGGAGAGAGUGGUUCUGGGAAGUCUGUGGCCUGUAAGCACAUCCUGAAACACCUGGCUACUCGAUCAAGUCCCAAAAGCUUCGCUUUAGAGCCACGGAUGAAGCAUGUGAAUGCCAUAUUGGAAGCAUUUGGCCAUGCUAAAACUCAGAUGAACUCCUCAGCAAACCGUGUUAUAAAGCUUGUCUCAUUGCAGUACUGUGAAAAGAGAAAGACUCUACUCAGAGCGCGUCUGUACACAUAUAUGCUGGAGAAGUCAAGGGUCAUCUCUAUGCCGCAACAUCAGCAGAACUUUAACAUUUUCUACCUGAUGGCUGAGGGACUUUCAGUAGAGGAGAAGAGUAAUCUAUAUCUCAACAAUAUCCUAGCCCACAGGUGUCUGAAUACAGCAGCUCCAGGUGAAACUCCUGCAGUAGCUACUGCAUGUCCUCAGAGCAAAGAGAAGCUGUCAGCCCUUAAACAAGCGCUGCGUGCUCUAGGCUUCAACAGACUGGAGGUGGAGAAUUUUUUGGUGGUUCUCUCUGCUCUUCUGCACCUGGGAGAUCUGCGCUUCACUGCCCUAACAGACGCUGACACUGCGUUUGUGUCCGACUUGCAGCUGCUAGAUAGAGUUGCUGGAAUGUUGCAGGUGAACUCUGAGGAUCUAGGCUCUGCCCUCACCUCUGAUGUGCAAUAUUUUACAGGUGAUGUCAUAACAAGGCGCCAUACGGUGGAAAUGUCUAACCAUCACAGAGACCUCCUAGCCAAAGCUCUCUAUGGACGACUCUUCAGCUUCUUGGUCAAUAGCAUCAACUUUUACCUCCAAGGUCAAGAAGAAAGCAAUGGAGAUCCUGCCAUUGAGAUAAGCAUCCUGGACAUCUCUGGCUUUGAGGAAUUCCAAAGGAAUGCUUAUGAACAGAUGUGCAUUAACAUGGUGAAUGAACGGAUCAGGCAGUACACCACAGAGGUGCUCUUCCUACAAGAGCAGCAGGAAUGUCUGCAGGAGGGAGUUGCCAUGGAGACGCUACGCUCCCUCGGCAACCAGCCAGCGUUACUGGACUUCUUCUUCCAGAAGCCUCAGGGAGUGCUGUGUAUCAUUGACGAAGAGAGUCAAUCCCUCCGGCCAUGUGAAGUGAACCUUUAUAAGCGGCUUCAGACACAGCUGGAUUCCUCCUGCAUGGAUGCUGUCUCCCUCUCAACAAAAGAUGGCAACGGGAACCCCCCACCCAAAGACCAAGGGCCGUCAUUUACUGUCACUCACUACACUGGCAAGACGAACUAUGACCUGACUGGCUCGUUGGACAGGAACAGGGAUGUUCUGCCACAAAACAUCUUGUUUGUUAUGAAAUCUAGUGAGAACGUGCUCAUCCAUCAAAUGUUCCAGUGUAAGCUGACUCAGACGGGCUCCCUGGUUCCCCAGCACCAGCGGAUGAGGCUUCGUGGGCCCAAAGGCACUAUGCUUAACAAGAGUGCCACACUUACUCCUGCCAGAGACGCCAAGAAAUAUGUGGAACUGAACAAGCUUCUGAAGAAAAAGGGAUCGAUGUCCUUCCUGCAGAGACUGGAACGCUGUGGACCGGUUACUGUGGCUGUGCAGCUCAGGAACUCUCUGUCUGAGAUCACCAGUAAGCUGCAAGCGUGUACCCCCCACUUCAUUCAGUGCGUGAGGCCUAAUAGCACCAGCAAGCCUGAUGUGUUUGACAGCUUUCAUGUGUCCUCUCAGCUUCAGUAUGUGGGGGUUCUGGAGAUGGUCCGCAUGAUCCGCUAUGGAUACCCGGUCAGACUGUCUUUCAUCAGCUUCCUGAGCAGAUAUAGAGAGCUGGUGGACACCAUCCUCAUAGACAGGAAAAAGGUGUCUGCAGAGGAGAAGUGCCGCCACAUUCUGCAGCAUUGCAAACUCCAGGGCUGGCAGAUGGGCAACAGUAAGGUGUUCUUGCGAUACUGGCAGGCUGAUCACCUUAAUGACCGCUGCCAUCAACUGCACAGGAAGAUCAUUAUCUGUCAGAAAGUGGUGCGCGGUUGGUUGGCCAGACAGCAUGCGCGGCGCAGACUUGCAUCUCAGCAGCAGGAUCACUGCGGCGUUCAGCGCUUCCUACAAGGAGCAGAGGACUUGGGAAUGUGCGCUUACGACAGCAUGGUUAUCCAGAAUGCAGCCGAUAUCGCACGAGAGAACGACCGCCUCCGGGGUCACAUCAGUGCUCCACCGCUGGGCGAGCGGCCAGAGCCUGUGGGCAAAGAGGAGGACUCGCCUAAGAGGGUUGUUGAAAAAAGUGUGAGGGUUAACGAUGUGGCAGGCCGUGGAGGUAACCGACCAGUCCGGCAUUUCCGCUCCAGUUCUGUGCCUCUCCCCCUGGUAAUGGACAGCUUGGUACAUUCCAGCAUUGGGGCAUCAAUCAAAGCAGCCCUUCAGCCUGCGCCACAGUCCACUGAGGAGGGUAGUGGGGGAAGCCUUUCCUCCCCACGAAAACAACCUCCUCCCAAACCCAAACGAGACCCCAAUACUCGUCUGAGCGCAUCGUAUGAGGCAGUAAGUGCAGGGCUGAGUAUCGCUCCCAAGGACAGCCCUGCUGAGGGUCAGGCCUCUCCCUCUGGAAGUCCACCUAAAACCCAGGUCUCGCCUUCUGAUUCUCUCUCCAAGCCACGCCCUCACAGUGAUGACUACAGCACCAUGAAGAAAAUCCCACCCCCUAAGCCCAAACGCAGCCCUAAUACUAAGCUGACUGGCUCCUACGAGGAGAUCUCAGUACCCUCCCCUGUACGCCCCACAGACAUGAAGCUGUUCAGCCUGGCACGAGGGGGCCAUUGCUUAGGCCUCAUCCAGCGUGCAGCAUCUGUGGACGGCCCCCACUCUUCUGUACUAAGCCUUUACCCUUGCCAGGAUGAGGAGGAUGUGUAUAUUGAGAUGGUGGGGGCCUCACGGGCCCUCUGCCUGGCUGACUCAGCCAGCCCAGACCUGGGUGAGGCUGUAUACGAGGAAAUGAAGUACUUCCAAUCUGACGAGGUGGGCUCAGCUCCGGUUGUCAAACCUGAAACUGCCCAUUCAACUCCUGGACCUGUCCCAGUGCUGGAACCCAAGAGGCCUGUGACCUUGAUCGACCACCCUAGCACACUCGGAUGCAAACAGCUCUGCAAGGAUGGGACAACAUGUGAUAUUCCAGCUCCUUUCCCCAACCUCCUUCAACACCGACCCCCACUUCUGGUCUUCCCUCCAUCCCCUGUAACAUGCUCACCUGCCUCGGACGAGUCCCCGCUCACCCCUCUGGAGGUGAAAAAGCUCCCGGUGUUUGAGACCAACCUUAACUACAGCAACCAGGAUGGAGGAAGUCCACUCUCGCCCCAGUACGCCCGCCAAAGGGCCGACUCCUCCCCCAGUCUGUCCGUCUUAAUGCCAGACAAGUCUACACUGCCCUUGACUCCUCCCCCUCCGCCCCCUCUGGCAGAACUCCCACCUCCCUACCGCCCCCCUUCUCACUUCCCCUUCCCCCCAGAGCCGAACUUCCAGGCCCUGAACCGUGCAGCAUCUGUGGCUAGCACCGAUUCCCCCAAAGUUGCUCAUAAAAUGGGGCACGGUCUGGCAGAGACGCCUCCAAGCAGUGCUAAGCCUCCCUACUCCCCAGUGAAAUCCUCACGGCCAGAACCACGCAGAGCUCACUCCUGUUCCUCCUCUCCACUGCUCUUUAACCCUGCCAAUGGGAGAGCCCUCACCAGCCCCCUAGAUGAGCUCAACACAAUCUUCAGCUCAGGGCGCAGCCUGCUCCGCAAGUCUACCACUGGAAGAAAAAUGCGAGACAGUGGACUCUCAAAUUCCAACAUAAACCUACCAGGGCGAGAGGAUCAAGGCCCCACCUCCCCAUCACCACAGUUACAGGACAAAAAUGCCAACAACCACACCUCUCCCAACUCUUCUAGCCCCGCCCCAAUUGAGAAUGGCAACCAGAUCUCCAAUGGGACGCUGGAAGAUGAGGGACAUCCAAAGUCAAACCCAUCCAGUACCUCAACGUUACAUAGGCACAUGGACAGCCAUCACACUCAGGUGAUCCAGAGGACGCAUAUGUGUGGAGAUCAGCGGGCCACUCUGCAGGAUUUAUUGCAAUGGCGGAGAAGUGUUUGUGAUGGUCGAUCAGACUGGCAGAACGCUUGGCUCCACACAAAGCCCUCACCCAUCCUAACAGUGAAGAACAAGAGUCCCAUGACAAAGAAAGCAUCGCCCUAGAGAUUGUGGUCUUCCUGAGUCAAACCUCACUUUUUCUGACCCUAUUCCUUAGGUCUGAUUGUCCUUUUUAAGUUAAAGAAAUGCCCAUCACAUAGGGAUGAAAGCAGGGCCGGACUCCGAGCUCAGGUGUGAGGGGUAUCAAUGGAGGUGGUAGUUGGACAUCCUAUCCCCUCGUUUUUUUCCUUUUAUCUUUUUUAUCUUUACCUCUUUUGAAAGAACAAAUAGAUCUAUGGAAAUAAAAUUGUUCCACACCUUUCUCUCCAACUAAUGUCCAACUGGGACAAAAUAACAUGAAGCCCCAAAGACUACUGAGCCCAAACCUUGAGAGAGAAAAAUUAAUCACUGGGCAGACACAAUGGGCAUGACUAUGAUGAAUCCCAUUCACAGUGUUCUAAAUGUUGCACUGUUUGGAAGAUGUGGAGAUCUGAUAAAAUUGCCUUGAAUUGUAACACGUCAACGCUAAUCCUAGGGCUGUGCAAACAUAUCUCUACUUUGCUACUGUGUGCUAUAGUCUACAUUGUUGGCCAUAUUUUAUUUAGAAACUCUGGUGCUGGUCACUCCACGUGAGAUUGUUGCUGCCUGGGUUGGGUAAAAAGUGCAAGUUUUGGCUCAGUUCAAGCACUGCAAGUCACAUGGUUGUGGCAGACAUACUUAAUGUUUACAAGAAAAAAAAUCACCAUGUUGACCUCAGAGGUCUAGCUUUGUGAACCAAGUCCUUCUUCAAGUUCAGAGAAGCAGCUACACCUCAUGCUCUUUCAGGUGCUUUGGUAACCCUCCUCAGAUGCAACCAUCACACACAGGUUGUGACAUUAAAAAGAGGUCAGGGUUCAGGGAAAUUAAAAGGAACAACCCAGGCCCAUGACAUCUCCACCAGCUUCUGGAAUAUCUUCAUUGUUUUGUGUAAAGCUUUGCACUCUAGGCCUGUGUUUCUCAAUCCUUGUUCUGGAGGACCUCAGCAUUGCACAUUUUGGAAUGGAUGUCUCCUUUAUUUGAUACCCAGUUCAGGGGUCUUGUCUAAAAGGAUGCCUUGAUCAACGAAAGUCUCACAAUUCACAUUUACUGCUACUAAGGUUAGGGUUAGGUUUAGGAUUGGGCUAAAGUUAGGCGUAGGGUGAGAGUUAAAGUUAGGUUUAGGUUUAGAAGGUAGGGUUAGGAGUAGGUGUAGGGUUUCUGUGGGACUUCAAAUAAACACAAUAAACAGUGUUUAAAUGUUGCCCAACCCUAACAACAUCAAGAGGCAAUGUCCAUUUUCAAAGCUUUGUCAUGUACUGUUGGCAAACUGAAGAUACCUAAUUUAUUUACUGGUUAAAGAGCACAAAUAUCCAAAGACACUUGUAGAUGGACCAGUCAUUACCAAGGAUGGAUGUUACUGCCGUAAUUGCAGAGCUGUAAUCUGGCAACUCUACCACAUCUCCCAUGCCAAGGCUUUUUGGAAAUUGCCUCAAAGGUGCUUAUGUAAGAAUGCUCUCAGUUAUAUGGACUCUUGUGCAUUUCAGUAACUUGGUAGAUGACUAGUAUAAACAGACAAUCCGUCUCUCUCGACUUUCCACAUGUGCAAAGGAAUACAGAUGCCUCCAAACUGAUUUUUCAAGAGUUGACGGACGUUUUGUUUAUACAUACAAUGGGCACAUGCAGAUUUAUUACCUAGAUGGACUAAAGCAUAAAUAUUUUUGGACUUGGAAGCAGUUUCUGGCUUGCAGCAGGAGACCCUCUAUAAGCACAGCCUGAUGUACAGGCACUUUUCUGAGAAUAAACAGGACACAACAUGUACUGGUUGUCUUCAUUAUGACUGAAUAGAUUGGUAGUGUUCAGAUUGUGAAGGCAGAAUGUAAUAGGAGUAUGUUGACAUGUGUUUGUCUUUAUAAUGGAAAUAGAUUACUGAAUGUUCAACGAUAACUGCAAUUAUUACAGAAAGACUAAGGUGGUUAAAUUUAUAGUGCAGAUAUCAUUUUAGUUGUUUGUUCAUAAUGAACUCUUUACCUGUUCUCCAUACCCACAACACUGUAGUCAGUAUUAGAAAUGUUUAAAGAUGUUUAACAUGCUGUACAGAACGUUUGUGUUUGUGCAAGUAUGUUUGAGUUGCAUUUGGGCUCUGCAUUCCUUUUAGGCUUUAUUAUGUACCCAUUUAUACCUGCCUGCUUAUUCCGAGGUCAGUGUCCUGUCUUGCUGAAAAAAUUGUAUUUACAGUAUACAUCCCCAAAUUACACAACAAUGUUCCACCUUCCAAAAAGAGCCUAUUCAGCCCACUCUCUUCAGGACAACUGAUCCAAUACACUGUCAUGUCAAGGUCUUUGGUCAACAAUUGAAUGUACAUACAUUAUAAAUGCAUUUUAAUUGUUAAAAAAUUGGGAAAAGUUAUAAUGUUUUAAAUUUACUUGUUUUGUUUAAUGAUUGUAUUGAUGCCAUUUAUAAAUGUAAGUAAUUUAUUUUCAAUUCAGAAACAAGAUUUAAAAAUAAUUUCAUCAAAUAUUACAAAUAAUAUUUGAAGCCUACUUUUGUGAGGGAAAGACUAGGACCAGUAUUUCCUUCAGGAUUUUGUUGGCUACUGAACAUCCCCCUACCCCCCUAAUAACUGGCCUAACACUAGCAAUACUAUUUUCCCCAACAUGUUUUUGUUGUUUUUUUUUUUUUGUUUUUUUUUUUUUGUUUUGUUGUUGUUGUUGUUCUUGUUGUUUUUGAUGAUACUGUAUGUAUGUUCAACUACUCACUGUCCUAAGAAAAACUUAACAUGUGAACAGUCAGUGUAGUAUGAUUUAAGUCUUUCCUUGACAUUGCUAUCCAAAAUUACAUAUACCACAGUAACAGUCAUGAUUUAGACUGUUGGCCUUUCAGUUUGAUUGAUUAAUUAAAAAGAACCAUUUCAGUCAAGUGAUUUGUUUGUAAAUUGUUUGUUUUGCAUGCAGUCAGUGACAACAGCGAAACACAAUGUCCAUUCGAGUCCAGACUCUUUCUGGCUCCAUAAACCAUUAUACAUAAUUCUCAAAUCAACCUAAGGCUGCUAAGGCUUAUUUGUCAUAACUGUAUUUCAACAUUACUAUUAUGCUUCCCAAGUAAUGUGAAUAGUCCCUCCUUCCUCCAUUCCAUUGGAUGGUGGUUUAACCAUAUUUCACUGCUGUGGAGAUCAGAGACGCAUAAUAAAAAUCACUGUGCUUUUUAUAGUGCAGGCCAGUGCUAACAGAGACCGGAACACUUCUUGAGUUUGAUCCACAGUUUUAGGUCUCUCCACCUGAGUAACAACAGCAGCUGCUUUGCAUCACUACUGCUUAACAGGGUUACUAAUACUAGUAUCUGAAACAUUUAUUUAUUGAAAAAUCUUUAUUUUCUAAUGUAAAGUAUUGACUUGCCAUUGAUAUUAUAAAGCAAAAAGAGAAUAAAAAGAAUUGUGCAGUAAGGGCCCAUUUUUCUACUCUCUUACCGAAACGUAUCUUAAUGCAUGAGAACCUAUGAAGUCCAUGUCCAAUCUAGUCUGUUUCUCUGUGCUUAGCCUGUUACGUUGUUGAGAUGUAGUCAUCAUUCAAACAUUCUCUGUCUUACAUGGUGCUGUGAAACCAUCCAGAUCCCUCUCAGAACAUUUGAAAAUAUGACAACCUCCCCCCAUUCAAACACGGUCUAAUUUUAAUGGGCUUUUUGAUGGCAGAACUGAAACGACAGACAUGGUCUGGCCAAGAUUAAUGCAUAGAGAUCAUAGAGAACAUCUUCAUCUUUAAGACGAGAACAAACUCAUUUUGUUUCCAGUACUUGCUCAAACUGUAUAUGCUGAGCUAAACAAAAUAGUGAAUUCACAUGGCUGUUGCUGUCUUUUGUAGUUGAUGUGUUUGUUUUAAUUUUUUUCUUGCUUUAUGAUCUUUCUGUAAAUUAUAUAUAAAUAUGUGUAUUACUUCAAUACAUAUGUGUUCGUGGGCAAAGAAAAAAAUUAUGUCUUGGUACAUAUUUUGUCUUGAAAUGUUUUAUAAAAUUCCUGUACAGCAAUAAAGCACA